UCGGACCUCCACCGCCAAUACCUGCAUUUACCUGCGACAUGUCUGGCUCACAGAACGGAGACACUGGAGACGCUCACGCAGAGCCAGACUUUGCUCAAGCAUUCAAGGACCUUGCCCGAGGAGAACAAGCCGCCGCCGCGUUAGAGAACCACCUCGACUCGCUAGAAAAGAAGAUUGAGGAGCUUCUAGCAAAGGCAGACGAGGAUGAAAGAAAAUUGAAGGCGCAGUCCAAGCCAUCGAACGAGACGCCGUCUUCGAGCGAUGCGACGAAGGGCGCUGCAUGAGGCAGCCGGCCCACUAGCAUAUCCUAAUAUCUGCAUGCCGACAACCUCGACGCAGACACGAUAAAUCAGAGGAAAGAUUAGAAGGAUAGACAGCUCACGGCGUUGGAGGCACU